CCAUUCCUCUUCUCAUCUGAUCUGUCGCAUAUUUGACACUUUGGAAUGGCAGACGACUUAAACUUCUUGCGAAUAUCUUUCGAUAUCCCAAUAUCAUUUUCCUUCGUCAAAUUCAAUGUCCAUCCCGUCCGCUCAAAGUUUGUGUUGGACGAAUCCUUAUCAUGUUGAAGCAAACAAUAAGGUUAGAAUAAUGUUCUAUGCAGCUUCAGUCACAAACGCGUACGUCAGGACCUGCGUUGCGGCGAUCCUGGACGAAAGAUGCCGGACCCGAUACACGAGAUUGAUAUAUAAGAUCUUCUAGGAGGUCUGCGGGAGAAUGUGCAUAGCAACUUGAUCACUUUGCAUCUCGUGACAACAGCGAUUGCCGCUGCUUUCGGACGUUUCACUGCCUCAGCAUGACUUGCACUGGCCGCGAGAGUUUAAGCACACCCUCCUUCGAGAGGUUUGCUUUCGACCAAUCCUUCUCUUCUUACGUUGAUCGCAGUGGAGUCCCUGAAUCCCCACAUCCCACUUUCCAGCGCGCGCGACGUCCGGCUUUGAUCCCACCUAAUCCCUCCUUGACUCUCGCCGAAGCGGAAGAACUGGUUGGCAAUCGUAUCAAUCGGCCACUCUUUCCCCCACCAGACCCAAAAAUCAUCAAUCAGCUCAGCCCUCAACAAUCUUCCAGCUCUGAAAACGCUAUUCCGCAAUCGUCACCUCCUCAUUUAGCGCUUGGACCGCAGCCACUACCCGAUCGGCCUUUUCCUAACGAGGAAGACGUGCAAACGGCGGCGCGAUGUCUCUUCCCUACCUCCUUGGUCCCAGAUACCCGUCGACGAGCUUCGUGGCUAAAAGCACGUGCCCACUACGCAAGAGACCGGAAAAUCCGAUUAGAAGGGGAACAGACAUCGGCGCAGUCUUUUGAACCUGUCAUGCCCAAACGCAAACACAGCGCUUUCCUUCUGGACGAGGAGAUGAAGUGUCAUCGAGAAGAUGUCGUUGGCACGCCGCACCUUAGCGAGAUGGUUCCUGGAGAUGAUGCGGCUGAUGAGAUUGGCGUCGACAGCCUGAGCAUGGGCGAUCCAACCAUGAUGGAAAUUCCCGAAGGAAAUGCGGCUACAUUGAGCCCACAAUGCCGCGCGACGCAGUGGUUCGGAGGCUCUGAGAAAGCAUGAGGUAGUGGGCGGCGGGGUCGUCGAGAGAUGUUUGUGAAUUUGGAAGACUUCCAUGGCUCUGUGAAAGGGGAAAAAAAGCUCAAUUGGAUUCUGUAGAAGA